UACACAGUAUAUGAUGGUUGCACUACAUAGCCCCUAGACACAGCCCAAGAGAUGUGUUGUCAUUGUGAAAGUCCCACUUAGAAGAUAGAAUACAUUUACACAGCACCACUUCCUCCUCUCAGACAGCACAAGAUCAUGUAACUGGGUCAAACCUGUCAAAUGACAAUCACUUUAGUUUGACUUUUAUUCUGCUGUCGGUCUGAGCAGAAAAUGUUGGACUAACGUUUGUUUUCUGCAGUUGGUCAUUAUGUGUGGAAUACGAACAUUCAGGCUUUCUCUGCUUCGGCUGGUGUGGGGUGUGUGCACAGCAUUUGAAGAGAUUCAAGUGAAAACAUUGGAAACAGGAGCAGAUUUGGGCACUCUUGCUUGUCCAAACCAAACCAUUCAUACCAUGAUGUUUGUAAUAUGUAAGUUAGAUAGAGUGAUAAGUGGUGGGAAAGAGUGUCAAGUGUCUCUUCGGUUUGACCAAAAUGGUACAGACAGCACUUGUGAACCCAGAGUCACACUGCAGACAGAGAGUGACAGAGUGUUUCUACACAUCAGCAACAUACAACCAUCUGAUGAAGGGAACUACACCUGUGAGUGUGUAUAUAAUCGAGGAACACAUUGUUUGCAUCUCAAUAUUUCUGUCAAUGGAUCCCAUGUCUCAAACAACCUUUCUUUCCAACGUCCUUUCAAUGUCAUGAUAAUAACAGCCUUUGCAGGAUUUGUAGCAAUCGUGGUCCUUGUUGGAAUAAUCAGGAGGAAAUGUAAUCUCAACAGGAGAACACAGCAGAAAGCGGUGUACACCUUUAAAGAGGAGGAGCAACAGGACAUUGAGCUCUACUGCACGCUCACAAGGAGAGACAGUGAGCUCUACUCAACUCUCCAGCUGCCACAUUGUAACCCCUGACACCGUUGACCAAUGACAACAGGGAGUUAGACAACUUUUUCUAUCACUAGGGGUUAAAUAGUAUUUCACCAGUCCUGGAUAUACAACUGUACAAUAUAUCCAUUUACUGCAUAUCUUGAUUACUGUAAUGCCCCUAUUUUUACAGCUGAUACACUGACUUUAUAUAGUUCCAUUGAUUGGUUACUGACACCUGGCUGAAUAGGUCCUUUACUGUAGAUAGUCUUCUGUUGCUGUAAAUAUCAGCACUUAAUGUAUGAAUGCUGCACAUUAUGUUACUAGAACCAAUGUUCUUGUGGACAGAUGAUGUGACUCCUUAAAUUAUAUUACGUAUAACCAAUGUUCCUGUGGACAGAUGUGAUCAAGUGCAUUUCCACCUGGUGUCAGUGUAUUGGAUUGGUAAAAUAUAUUCCCUGCAGCAGUAGAUGUACAGUCAUCACAACAUGCUUCAUGACAAUGUAUUUUUCUUGCUUUCAAUGUUCCAUCUCCAUGUAUCAUGUAGGCCUCAUUAAUUACAUGUUUAAGUGAAGAGAUGUAACGACAAAACUAAACCAUUCAUGAAAACUUCAUUUCCAAACAGAUCCAUGAACUCUAUAGUAAUAUGUAUAAUGUAUUGGCUGUAUGUAUCUAACCCAGCAUGUACACUCUAGAGGAAAACUCACUAUUAUCCACAUCAGUCUUAUAUGAUAUAAGAACCCUUCAGCCUUGUGGUGGUGCAGAAUCUAUCAUUGUUUGUGUCUAAAGGAGGAAGUGGACCUGUUGAGGUGUCUGUUGUUAAUAUGUUGGCCUCUUCGUUGUGUUCUGCAAAGACCAAGAUGCACUAGCAGAGGUCCAAGUGUUUCUGUGAAACAGUAAGACAGCUAGAAGCUAGAAAACAGAACCACUUCCUCCUCUCAGCCCUCAAGGUUCAUUAUAACUAGUCAACCCAAGUUUGACUUUGUUUCUCUAUUGAACAACUAACGUUGGAUAGACGUUGAGUUCUGU